UCCGCGGCUGCACCGAGGGACUGGCAGAAAAAAAGAAAAAAGAAAAAAAAAAGACUAUUAAACCCUCUGACGACACACUGAACGCUCGGAUUUGCCCUAGCGGAGGACGACGCCUGGCAAUAACGUUUGUAGAGAGUUGCGCUGCUUCGAAGAGUGAAGUCAGCGGAGACGGACAGGGAGAGGGAGCGAGAGAAAGAGAGAGAGAGAGGGGGGGGGGAGAAAAGAAAAAAACAAAGAUGGCCGUGUAGCCGGAGAGACUCGGUGACAUAUUUGAACGCCGCGUCAGACUCCCGACGACUCCCGCGGGUGUCGCGGACUGCCAGCUGCUACCGGGAGACGUCAACGAGCGGCCGAACCGGGCCGGCCGCGCGCGUCCACGUCUGCGCUGUCAAGUCGGAACGACGGGCCCGAGAGCACAGUGGCCGAGUGACGUGUGAGUUGUUUUGUUCCGCCCGGGCGAGGAGCACCGCUGUGUGUUGUUGUCAACCAGCUAGCCUCGCCGUGAGUUGUCCGACAAAAAAAAAAAGGGAAAAAAAUAGUUAACGUAUACUUUAGCAGAUAGUCAUACGUAGCAGUUUCGCACAUGCUUUGGUUAUUGCUAAAUCUCUACGGUCAGCGUUGCGAAAUAAACUUACAACUUCGCCAGUCUGACAGGCUGGCGCCGUAGCUAGGCUGAGUUAGCUUACGUUAGUUAGCCAGUCGCUGUCAGCUGACCAUUUAGCCUGACAGGUUGUAAGCUAGCUCCGAGCUAACCUGCUAAUAUUUCGGCCUCAGUCUGGUCACGCCAGGUACACCUCAGAACACUAGACAAUCACUACCAUGUCUUCACUGGAAGAGAGAGAGGUGGGCGUUGCGGCCGCCCCUGGCUCCUCCUCGGCCGGCCUUGGGGUCGGGGCCGUAGGGGCUGCGCUGGAGGCUGUCGCAGGGGCUGCAGCAAUGCAGGAAGAGGUCGGGAUUCGACGGGAAGGGCCCGAGUCCGAUCCCGACGAACCACCCAAGAAGAGGGUGAAAAUGCCCGAGGGAGAGGCAGGGAAGCUGGAGGAGAGACUGUACUCUGUGCUGUGCUGCACCGUGUGCCUAGACUUGCCCAAGGCGUCUGUAUACCAGUGUACCAAUGGGCACCUGAUGUGUGCGGGAUGUUUUAUUCACCUCCUGGCUGACUCUCGUCUCAAGGAGGAACAGGCCACAUGUCCCAACUGCAGAUGUGAGAUCAGUAAGAAUCUGUGCUGCAGGAAUCUGGCAGUGGAGAAAGCUGUCAGUGAGCUGCCGACAGACUGCACCUUCUGUCUAAAACAGUUCCCUCGCUCCAGUCUUGAGAGACACCAGAAAGAGGAGUGCCAAGACAGGGUGACACAGUGCAAGUACAAGCGCAUCGGCUGCCCUUGGCAGGGGCCGUUCCAUGAGCUACCGGCCCAUGAGAGCGAGUGCUCCCACCCGACUAAAACUGGUACAGAGCUGAUGGGAAUACUGGGUGAGAUGGAUCAAAACCACCGCAGGGACAUGCAACUCUACAACAGCAUCUUCAGCCUGCUCUGCUAUGAGAAGAUUGGCUUCACAGAGGUGCAGUUCAGACCGUACCGUACUGAUGAUUUCAUCACCCGUCUGUACUAUGAGACACCGCGCUUCACUGUGCUCAACCAGACUUGGGUUCUGAAGGCCCGCGUCAAUGACUCGGAGCGCAACCCCAACCUGUCCUGCAAACGCACCCUCUCCUUCCAGCUCAUCCUCAAGAGCAAGGUGAACUCUGCUCUGGAGUGCUCCUUCCUACUGCUGAAGGGUCCAUAUGACGAUGUGCGGAUCAAGCCGGUCAUCCACCACCACUCCUUCAGCAAUGACACCAAUGAGACCGACUACGUCCCGCUACCCAUCUCUGACUCGGUGGAGUGCAACAAGCUGCUGGCCGCCAAAAACAUCAACCUGCGCCUCUUCAUCUUCCAGAUCCAAAAAUAA